AAUCUUCAUGCCGUAGACGUCUGAGGCGUUUGUGUCUGUGCACACGUACCGACGUCCUGCGUACAGCCUCCACGUGCAUUAUAAGGGUGUGAGCCGCUUUGAGUUCCGCUACGUUGUUGGCUCUCCUCCCCGGAUCUUGUUGUUCCUAUCGAUCCCCCCAGACGUUGUCGUAGCGCGAAGAUUAUAUCUUGCCCUAAAAUGUACUGGCUUUCGAUCUUCCGUAUCGCAGUCUUGGGCUGGACCAGCUUCUGCGCUAUCGUGCUCCUUGGUGUCGGGGCCCAUGUUCUCUCAGCCGUCGGGGGCCUGCUAUUGCCCUCCUUCCCCUGGGCGGGGCUGGCUGUUGCAACCGGAGUGCUCGCCUUCCUCACUGUGCCCACGAUGCUCGCCAUCGACUUCAUUCGCAAGGGAGCCUUCACCUCGAUGAUCGUCGUGGAGCUGUCGUGGCUGGGCUUCCUUGGCAUCAUGUUCCUGGCUAGUGGAGGUGCGGCAGCGGACACCGCUGCGAACUACUUCGUCAGCUGCAGCACCUGGAGUCCCGCCCUAGCACGCACGGUCUGCAGCGAGACUUCGGCCGGAGCUGCCUUCGGUUUCCUGGGCUGGCUCCCACUGUGGGCGUAUACCGGGACGCUCCUUGUUCUCCUCAUCAUACAGGCCAAUCGUGGGAACUACGUCUGGAGGCGCUCUGUUAAGGAGUCCUUCCCUGCCAGCGGCAUCCCGCCCGCCGCGACUGGGACGUACGACGAGGGCAAGCUGCAACAGCCCGUGGGGCAAUAUCAGUAUCCUCCCGCGAACAGCACGACGUCGAUGGCGGGCUACUGGCCGGCUGGAGGAGCAGGCGCACCCGAGCCAGCACACCCGUACCCCCAGGUUUAGCAGCAGUCCAAUCGUAAGAGCUGGUGGUUUGGACGAUUCGAUAAGACUGCGACUACUUUUCCCAUCACUAUGUUACACCACUAGUUCCCUGUCGCGAUCGACGGUCCCUGGGGGUCUCUGUUAUGGGUUCUCGCCGUACCUGUAUUCGGUCCUACACUGUAAUGAUCCUUCUAAUCUCAGCUCAGGCGACUAUAUGACAUGCUC